CCUCUCCCCUCCGAGGCCUGGUUAGGUUCUCCCGGCACACUCUCCGCUUCUCUACGUGCAAGCUGUUUUAUUGUAUACGCGAAGACCCACUUAGGCAACAAAUGAAUGAAAAUUAAGCCGUUUUGAAGGUGAAGUUUAUUUUUGUUUUUUUUUCUAGUUAAGCGUCCUAUUAGCUGUGGAGAAAGCCGUAGCUAAGUUUUGAAUGAGAGAAAAACGCCCGAGGACCACAAAAUAGGCAGGUGAGCUACUGAAUUGAAAUGCUAUCCCGACUUGUACAACGAAUCCAAAACGUCCACAACGCCAACUAGUAGCGACCAACAACUGGAAUAGUACUAGCUACCCCCCCCCCCUCCUCCACCCCCCGUAGCGAGCAACGUCGUUAGCCUGGCGAUAACAAAAGGAUUGAAAGUUGAAAGAUAUAUUAUCAACGGAGGGCAGAGGAAAGGAGGAGAGAACGGAGUAUGCCCUCGGUGAUGGAGCGGUCGGGGAGCGGCGUUCUGUCUAGGAGCAGGGCUAAAACCAAUGGAAACAACCAACACUCGGAGGAGGACAGCAGCGAUGAGGAGCACGCUCACGACAGUAUGAUUCGAGUGAGGAGCUACCAGGCACAGAUACCUGAGUUAAACCCAGACACUCCAAGCCGCUACAAUGAGAAGGAGCAGAGGAGUAUGCUGGUGUGGGCGCCCAACAGCCUCAUCUCUGACGCCAUGUUGGAUGAGUAUAUUCUGAUGGCUAAAGAGAAGCAUGGCUACAACAUGGAACAGGCCCUGGGGAUGCUGCUGUGGCAUAAACAUGAUGUGGAGUGUUCCCUUGCUGACCUGGCUAACUUCACUCCCUUUCCUGAGGAGUGGACCGUAGAGGACAAAGUCCUGUUUGAACAGGCCUUCAGCUUCCAUGGCAAGAGCUUCCAUCGUAUACAACAGAUGCUGCCUGAUAAAGCUGGUUCUCAGGCUGGUCGGUACUACUACAGCUGAAGGAAGACCAGGACCAGAACCAGUGUUAUGGACCGACCUAGAAGACUUCGAAAGACAGACAAGGAAGAUGGCAAUGAUGAGAUAGAGGGAGACCCGGGCAGCGACAGCGACUUUGAGAUCGACACCAAGAAAGAGACAGUGAAACAGCAGAGCUCCAGUGGUUCUGGAGGAGAGAGGGGAGCGCCAGGCCGGUCUAACCCACAGAGGAAGGAGUCUGUUGGGGCUCAGUACCGCCACCACCCCCUGAGAGCUCGUCGGAGACCACCUAAAGGCAUGCAUCUGAACCCCGAGGACAUCAUGGCUGUGUCAGCCAAUCACCACCAUGGCUCUGGCAGACAGCUAGACACACACCUGGUGUCACUCAAGAGACGGGUCCAGAGUAUUAAGCAGAACAACAGUAGUAUGAAACACUGUCUAGACGAGGGCAUCGACAACCUGCGUCCUACAGCGCCAGCUCACAAGAUGAACUCUCGUUGGUCCACUGAGGAACAGCUGCUGGCUGUGCAGGCUAUCCGUCGCUAUGGCAAGGACUUUGCGGUGGUUGCCGAGGUAAUCGGCAACAAAACUCUGGCCCAGGUGAGCUCCUUCUUCGUUAGUUACCGACGGCGAUUCAAUCUGGACGAGGUCGUCAAGGAGUGGCAGGCGGAACAAGACUUAGCCUCCACACCGGGGCCUUGUGGGAGUCGUAGUAGGAACGAAGAGAGGGGAGGAGCAGAGGAGGAGGAAGAGAUAAAGCUAGAAGACGUUACUCCCCCCGGCGGUGACGCCAACUCCCCCUCUCCCCCCUCAUCCAACAACCACACCCCUCCUCCUUCCCUCUCCCAGCCUCCCCCCUUACUGCGCCCGGCUCCCCCUGCCCCCCCCAGCCUCCGGCACCCCCCGCUCCAGACCCGACCCUCCAGACCCGAACCCCCACAAUCAUCCCCUCCCCCGUUGAUACGUCCUGCAGUUGCGACUCCGGGCCAACAGGGGAGCUCUAGUCUCCGUAGGGAACUAGGAAACAACCUCCGCUCCUCUCCUCCUGUUUGCUCUGGCGCUGGUCAGCCUCCCUCACUGGUAGGGCUCAAAGUAGAGCAAACCAACUCUCACUGACAGAAAGGAGGGGACUCUUGUAUAUUUAAGGGGGGGGCUCUUGUAUACUCAGACGGUAGAUUGUGCUGCUAGUGGAGUGUUUAUCCAUUAUGGUGGAACAAUAGACAUCAGUAGUUGAGUUCAAAGCCUCGCCAGUCUGUUAUGUCAGAAGCCUCUCGUUAAGUCUCUGUAUCACUCCGUUCUGACUCACACUCUUAACCAACGACACAACCUGUGAAUAACCAUACUUCCAUCUGAGGCUUGGGUAUCCAUCCUUCUGUCCUCCCCCCC